GAUUUUUUUUAUUUUGAUUUUGAUUUGAUUUUGAAAUUUUUGAAUUUUGAAAGUGAAUGCCUAUUGCUAACAAAAUACACUAUUGAUAAACAUUUUACAUCAUCUUUAUUAACACAAGUCACUUUAUAUAAAAUGUUUUAUGUUAUGUGUUAAAAAGAAAACCACAAACCGAAGGUUGCGACCCGAUAACAUUAUCAUUAUUUAUUUAGCAAGUAAUGAUUAGUUAGCGUAAUUACGUAAUUAUAAAUAAAUAUUCAUGCUCAUUCUGAAUACCUUCACAAUACUCGUUCAAGUGGUGUUCAUUGUUUUUAUGAGUUUACUGUCGAUGAAUAUUUUGCGUUACUUUACUGGCAGCGUGAAAAACAUGGUUGCGAUAGCACCUGCAGUUUUUGUGAACCAUGGAGGCGGUCCCAUGCCUCUACUGGGCGAUAAAGACAGCAAAGGACUGACAGAGUUCCUCCGAGAUGAAGUGAAGAAACACGUAAACCUGAAGGAGUUGAAGGCUAUUAUUCUGGUGACCGCGCAUUGGGAGGAGGAUAAGGUGACAAUAUCGUCUGCGAAACAUCACGAUCUUUAUUUCGAUUACUACGGUUUCCCGCCAGAAACUUACAAAUACAGGUAUGACGCACCAGGCGACCCAGAGUUAGCUCAGCGAAUUCACACAGAGCUAACUAAAGCGGGCAUAGAUUCCAAACUCGACCCAAAAAGAGGUUGGGACCACGGAGUAUUUGUUCCUAUGAUGUUGAUAAACCCAUCAGCUGACAUACCUAUAGUACAAAUCUCCGUGUUAACCAACCAAAAUCCGGAACAACAUUACAAUAUCGGCAAGACUUUAUCACGGUUCAGGAAAGAAGGUAUCGCUAUAAUUGGCUCUGGCAUGUCUUAUCAUAAUAUGAGAGAGUUUCGAAACAGUAGGAACUCUGGUAGAGUUGUAAAUAAGGACUUUGAUGCAUUUCUAAACGAAGCUUGUACGUCUAGUGAUGAAAAGAGGAAGGAACUCUUGUCUGUAUGGGAUAAGCAGCCUGGGGCUCUGGAGUCGCAUCCACCUAGGGCUGCAGAGCAUUUGAUGCCGUUGAUUGUUAUAGCUGGUGCUGGAGGUGAUGAACCAGGGGAGAGGAUCUUCAACUGGGACCUAACUGGUAGUUUUAGGCUGAGUGGGUUUAUAUGGAGAAAUUUAAGUUAAUUCCACGUUAAAAGUGGGGUUCUUUGGAGGUAGAAACAUGUAUAAAGGAGAUGUCCCACUCUCCAUACAUUGUUUGCCCCAGACAAAAAAGUUAAUAUGUCACAAUGAAUCUAUUACUUUUGGGUUGAUUGUAAUGUCUUGAAUUAUUAUAAAUUUUAUUUUUGAUCCUAAAUAGCGGGGUUAUUUAAUAUUGAGUAACAUAACAUCUCACAUAAUAAUCUAGAAGGUAAAAAUUAAAGUGAUUUUAAAACCCCUCUAUUUACAAGAUUUCUGUUUAUAUCUUUCAACAUAAAAAUUAAAAGGUAAUUAUUGUACAUUAUUGGUAUUUUUCAUUUCACCUGGGGCAAUUUUGGGACAUCUCCUUUUGGCUACUAACAAUAAAUAAAAACAAUUAUUUUAAAUUGAAUUCACAAUUUGUGAAAUGAAGAGGUGUUAGAAUUUUUAAUCACAGUAUUGGUUUAUUUAUUACAACUCAUUAAAACCAAACUUAAGUCUGGCCGCUCAGAAAUUGCGUUUCUGACAGCUUGUGAUCGAAUGGCCGACGUUACAUAAGAGAGACAAAAAACGACGCGAUUGUAAUUGAAUAUGUUUGUCACAUUUCCACAACCUGUCUGAAACGCAAUCUCUGAGCGGCCGGACUUUAGAUCUAAAUCGUCCGCUUUUAAAAGGUUUGAUAACAGUACAGAAUGUAGUUAUAGAAUGUGCACAAAUGAUAAUUAUACGGGUAUAGGUGUUGAGAACCAGCUGUAUAUAAUGAAAAAUCGGAAGAACAAAUAAUAAUUUUUAAUAUAACAAACCUCAAAAUGUUUGUUUAAAAGAAUAAUAUUUAUGAUGAUGAAGAAUGUUUUGAAAUUACUUAUAUAUUAUUGUAAAUAAAGGCCUUAUUAUUAUUAUUAUUAUUAUUAUUAUUAAUAUUACAAACCUAUUUUCUCGAAUUUAGAAAAUAAAUAUAAUAUAAUACAAUUAUAAUAAUACUACUAAGUACCAAUAGAUAUAAGUUAACUUUGUAUAGGUGGAUGGUGUGUUUGUCAUUUAUAUCAGGUAUUAACAACUCCUAAAGUCCGGCCGCUCAGAAAUUGUAUUUUGACAGGUGAUCGAAUGGGCGAUGUAACAUCGAAGGUUGUUGACUGCGCUGUUUCAAGGUUACGCCAACUGUUUGUCUUUGUAGUGAUGAGACAAAAUAACGAGGCAAUAGGGAUGAUGACAUUUUUUUGCUAAAUAACUAAAGCUAACAGUAAAGCAAUUUUGUAAAAGUAACAGGAUAUGUGGGAUCAUUAAUUUCUGAGCUACAGGGAUUUAUAGGGUCAGAUUUGCGGCACUGCCGCGGAUCCCUGAAAAACGCCCCAUACAAAAUGGUACGAAUUAAUGACGUCGUCGAUCAUAAUGAUCGUUAGAUUUGUAUGGGCGUUCAACCAAAAUUACAAAUAUCUUUGUUAUAUUAUGUGCGUUUAUGUUUAUAGUUCAAAUAUUGACAAAUGUCACGUUUAAUGUAAAGAAGCUAAUGCAAAAUGUAUGAAUUUUCAUCUAAUUAUGACAAAAGAUUUUUAAUAGAUUUUGAUAUAAUCUUAUUUACCUAUUCUGCAAACAUCCAGAGAAUCUUUGUUUUUUUAUAUAUUAAUUAGUUUUACAUUUAACAUUGACUAUAAUUACUCGAAAGUCUCAUAAAAAUCAAUAUAUUCAAACCUAGUCAUCAUCCCCAUUGUAAUUGAAUAUGUUUGUCCCAUUCAAUCACGACCUGUCAGAAACGCAAUUUCUGAGCGUCCGGACUUUAAUUUGCACGAGACAUCGUAACAUAGGCACAGCUUCAAAAACUGAAUGUGGAAUAGUAUUUUGUCUAUGAGAUUUACUCUUUGUAUAGGAGUUACAAACCUACUUGUUAGUUAUUUAUAGUAUGCUUCGGUUUACACGCAAAUGGGACCAAAUAAGUUAAUGUUAUGUGAUCACAUACUAAUAUAUGUAUAAUAUAAUAUAUAGAUAAAAUGUUGCAAAUUAUAUUUACGAGCAUGAAUUAAAAAUAUUGUUAACAUA